AGAGAGAGAAUGAAGGGUGGGUAUUGUGUGAAGGAGCAGAAGGCAUGUGUGGGAUGGGUUGAAACGUAUUUCAAGGACUGUCUUUGCAAUCUGAGAGACGACAUGUCGUUCGGGUUCGGCGUUGUAAGUCUCCUCUGUUGGGGCCUCGCUGAGAUUCCUCAAAUCGUCACCAAUUUCCGCACCAAGUCCAGCCAUGGCGUCUCUAUCCUCUUCCUCCUCACUUGGGUCGCCGGCGAUGCGUUUAAUCUGCUGGGCUGCCUUCUGGAACCCGCCACUCUCCCCACUCAGCUCUACACAGCGCUGCUUUACACAGUGAAUACGAUAGUAUUGGUUCUGCAAAGCGUUUAUUAUGAUUACGUCACUAGAAGGCGCAGCGACCGCAAGACCAAAUCUCACCAAACGGCGGCGGAAGAGGAAAACACGCCGUUAAAAGGCAGUAAAGGCGUUAGCUACGCUGGAAUUCCAAUUCCCAAAGCUUCCCCGAAGGCCACUCCACGCCGGGAAUUCUACUUCACGUCAGCUCGGUCGUUGGCCGGAAGCGAUACGCCGCCGUUUCGGGCGUUUCUCCGGUUACCGAAAAGUGAACCCUCCGCCCUCGGGAACGACAGCUCAUCUUCGGACGAUGAAUCCGAAAGUGGCGCCGUGUCGUCCAACUCAACUUUUACCCAGCCGAGGCCCAUUCCUCGAUCGGUUGGUUAUGGCACGUUUUUGGCAGCUUCAGCAAAUUUGCCUUUCCAAAGCAAAGGCUUCUCAGAUGGAUUUAGAGGAAGGAAGCUUUUACAAGAACAUGCAACCCAUAGCGGGUUUGGGCAAUUCUUGGGUUGGCUUAUGGCUGCUAUUUACAUGGGUGGUAGACUCCCUCAGAUUUGGUUAAAUAUCAAAAGAGGAAGUGUGGAGGGGCUGAAUCCCCUCAUGUUCGUGUUUGCGUUGGUUGCCAAUGCCACUUAUGUAGCAAGUAUUGUCGUGAGAAGUACGGAAUGGGAUAAAAUCAAAGCUAACAUGCCGUGGCUGCUCGAUGCCGUUGUUUGCGUCGUCCUCGACUUAUUCAUAAUUGUGCAGUAUAUAUAUUACAGAAGUUUUAGAAGGAAGAAGCAAAGUGGAGGAAGAGAGUAUGAAGAAGCAACAAAGCAUGCAACCUUGUGACCAAUUUAAGUAAAAAUAAUGCCUUUUCUUCUUCAUUUCUUGCAUUCAGUGGCACAAAAUGGGUCCUUUUGGCCUCUUUACUGAGUGAUUCAAGAGGCUGCUAAUGGAAGGUUGAAUAUUCUUUGUACUGUUCUUGAAGGAUUCUAGACUUGUUUUUAGUUUAAAACUCUUGAAAGGGUGUUGUGAUGAUCCUUUAUGGGAGUUUUAUGUUUGUGUUGUUUGGAGUUGAAAUGCAAAGAAUGAAUUUGAUUUGGGUUUCCAAAAUAAAGCCCAAAAGCCCAAUGAAAUGGUCCUUAUGAGAUUAUGGAAGAUAGAAA